AUGACAAGUGUUACAUCUAUACCAGAUUUAAUGAUAGAUAGGCUUCCUCCUCUUGCCACUGAUACUUUCCCCAUAACUUGUAUGGUUUGGAACGUACAAGGUGCGGGUAGUCGUGCUUUUUCUCUCGUUCUCAAGGAGCUCAUCCGUACUCACAAUCCUGUAGUCCUAGUCCUGGUGGAAACCCACAUGGGCGGUGUGCAGGCUCUUAAAAUUGCCUCUCUUUUGGGAUACUCGGGUCAUACUCGUGUGGAUGCGACGGGAUUUAGUGGGGGUAUUUGGGUGUAUUGGCGAAAAGAAUUGGUUACGAUUGAUCCUAUUUCCCAGCAGUCCCAAUAUAUUACCAUGGAUAUUAAAAAGCUAGGUAGUCCUCCGUGGUAUUUCACGGCGGUUUAUGCUAGCCCGGAUCCUAAUAAACGAAAAGAUUUGUGGGAGGAACUGAAACAGUUUGCUGCCUCACAUAACCAACCGUGGUUGUUAGCCGGAGAUUUUAAUGAUACGCGCUAUGCUUGGGAAAGAAGUAGUGCUUGCGCCGAAACUCAACGUCGGUCUGCGAGAUUCAAUGAAUGGGUCGAGGAUAUGGAGCUGUUAGAAGUUGAGUUUUCUGGAGCAUCUCAUACUUGGGCCCGAGGCCUAUCCCCGGAGACUCGACGGUCGGCUAGAUUGGAUAGGGCUCUUUGCAAUGGCGAUUGGGGCCUACGUUUUUCCGAGGCUAAGGUCAAACAUCUCCUCUCUUUAUCCUCGAAUCAUUGUCCUCUGUUGAUUUCACCCAAUGGUUUUGUUCCCCUCCAAAAAAUGACUCGUCCGUUCCGCUUUCAAGCAACUUGGAUGACUCAUGAAAACUUUCAAGAUUUCGUUCAUGAUCACUGGAACUCUGCUACGCCCCUGACAGUCUCUCUCUCUUCCUUAUCUGAAAGUCUCCAAACUUGGAGCAAAGAAAUCUUCCAUAAUAUUUUCAAAUCAAAAAAGAUCCUCUUAGCUCGAUUAUCUGGAAUCCAGUCAAGACUUGCUACGGACCAUCAUCGGGGUCUUCUCAAAUUAGAGGCUAAACUGAGACGAGAAUUGGAGGAAGUUUUGGCUCAAGAGGAACUCUAUUGGUACCAAAAGUCACGGGUGGAGUGGCUUCGUAACGGGGAUCGAAAUACAACGUUCUUUCACUUAAGUUCCGUGGUCCGGCAAUGGAAAAACAAGCAGUCGUGGGCUUUAUUGAGCAAACCAUUUACACAUUUUGAGAUUGAAGAAGUUGUUAAGAAUCUGGGAGCAUUGCGAGCACCGGGGCCGGACGGGUUUCAGGCCUUAUUCUUCCAAAAGAAUUGGGAGCUUGUGAAAGAUAAUGUCAUUAGAACAGUUAUGUCGGUUCUAGAAGGUAAAGGCAUGCCCGAGCACCUCAAUGAUACGCACAUUGUCCUCAUUCCCAAAACGGACCAUCCGGAAUUAGCUUUCCAAUUUCGGCCAAUAGGAUUAUGCAAUGUUGUUUAUAAAAUCAUUACAAAAACACUGGUUAACAUAAUCAAGCCUAUAUUACCUUCUCUCAUCUCAAACACUCAAGGAAGUUUUGUCCCUGGGCGGCAAAUCACGGACAAUAUCGUGAUUGUCCAGGAAGUUGUUCAUACCAUGAAGAAGAAGCAAGGGGCAAAGGGAUUUAUGGCCUUGAAAAUUGAUUUCGAGAAGGCCUAUGAUCGUUUAAGAUGGUCAUUUAUCCGAGAUACUCUUCUCCAAAUGAACUUGCCAUUGCUACUGAUCGAAGUCAUCAUGGAGUGCAUUUCAACAGCUCGAAUGCAGGUUCUUUGGAAUGGAGAACCAUCCUCUAGCUUCAACCCAAGUCGAGGGGUCCGUCAGGGUGAUCCUUUAUCACCUUAUAUAUUUGUGAUGUGUAUGGAAAGAUUAUUUCAAAUCAUUGAGGAGUCGAUUAUUGCACAAAGAUGGAAACCGAUUAGAGCCAGUAGAGAUGGGCCAUUGCUUUCCAACUUAUUUUUCGCGGAUGAUAUUAUUUUAUUCGCGGAGGCUAGCAUCGAACAAGCAGAGAUUAUUCAAGAUUGUCUUGAACGGUUCUGUCGUGCGUCUGGGCAGAAAGUCUGUUACCCGAAGUCUUGCGUUUAUUUUUCGAAGAACGUCCCUAAUUCUUCCCAACUGGAAAUAAGUAGUGUGUUGGGCAUGGAACCUACCACUGAUCUGGGGCUUUACCUUGGGAUGCCUACUCUCACUAGUAGGGUUACCAAGGCUACGUUCAAUCAUUUAUGCGAGAAAAUUGAUCGUCGGCUAUCAGGAUGGAAAUCGAAAUACUUGUCACUUGCGGGUCGCAUAACAUUGGCCAACUCUACUGUUGCUUCCUUGGGCUAUUACUCUAUGCAAUCUGCAAAAAUUCCUCGAGGAAUUUGUGAUGACAUGGACCGCAAAGUCCAAAGGUUUAUUUGGGGAGGGAAUGAAGACACCCGAAAAGUUCACCUCCUUUCUUGGGAAACGAUUCAACGCCCAAAAGAACAUGGAGGCAUUGGGCUUAAGUCGGCUCGGCAGGCAAACUCAGCUUUUCUCACGAAGCUAGGUUGGAGAAUUUUGAAAGAGCCUAACGCACUAUGGGCUCGGGUUUUAAGAGCCAAAUACUGUAAUGGGCGAUGCGACAUUAAUAUGUUUGAGCCUAAAGCGGGCAUGUCCAACGUAUGGAGCGGGAUUACAGAAAAUGCGAGGAUCCUUUGUGAAGGGACCCAGGUAGCUAUUGGAAAUGGAUUAACCACCCGGUUUUGGGAUCAUAAUUGGGCUACAAAAGUCCCGCUAGCCUCGUUGGUGACCCAACCAAUUCCACUGGAAUUUCAUGAUGUCACAAUGGCGGAUAUGUGGGAAGAGGGCUUUGGAUGGAAAUGGGAUACUUUUGCCCAUUAUUUGGAUUCGAAUACACUUAAACUGAUUCAAGCACAUGAAGUGCACAAUGACCCGAACUUGGGUGACCUGUAUUACUGGGGAGAAAGCCACGAGAUUCCGAUUGACAUAGGAGCCUUCUUGCAAUUACGGGUUGAUGAGUUACUCCAAAGUGAGCUGCACGAAGAAGGGACCUCCGCAUCUAGCAGGAUCAAUAACAAGGAGAUCCAUGUUACAUGGCAACCUCCUCCGGCAGGCUGGUAUGCCAUGAAUACAGAUGGUGCGGCCAAGGGAUGCCCUGGUAAUGCUGGUGGGGGUAUCAUUAUUCGAGAUUAUGCUGGGAAUGUUAUCUCGGCCAUGAUGGCUUCUUUGGGUAUCUGUACUGCUUUUCGCGCGGAGAUUAUGGCCUUGCUGAGGGGUCUGGAGUUAGCUCGAAAUUUACAGGUUUCAAAACUGGUUGUUCAAAUGGAUAAUCUAGCUUGCGUUAAACUCAUGCAACAAGAUGAUCCUAGUGAUGGAGAAUGUAUCCAUUUGAUCAAACAAUGUCAAGAGUUGUUGCGAAAAGAGGAUUGGGUAGUCCAUAUUAUGCACAUCUACCGUGAAGGAAAUAGAGCCGCGGACUGGCUCGCCAACCAAGGGGUGGCUCAACCUCACAGGAUCGUUGUCUUGGAGGAUUUACCUGUAUCGCUUCGUAGAAUAGCGAAUGAGGAUGCUUGGGGUGUGGCCUUGCCACGCCUAGUUCCUCCCUAG